UGGUACCGCGCCGUUCCUUUCGUCGCGCCGCCGCGCCGCGCGUUUCUCUCUCCGCCACUCGAAAAGCCGUUACGAAGAGACUUGAGGAAGGAGUAGUCGUGAGUCGCCGUGCAAAUUCAAGACUGUUUUCAGAGUUGAAUGUCGCAAGAUGGGCAGAAAUUCGAGUGAUUCAGGGGACUCAGACUCGUCCCAAACUACGACUGCGUCGGUGGCUAGCACGAUUUCGGAAGCAGGCUCUGAGAUCAACAGCAGGCCCAAGCGUACGCGAAAGCGAAAGAAGAACGACGAUUCUCUGUUCGAAGAACUGGACGAGAAGUGCCGCAAACAAAGAGAGGCCAAGAAACCAAAGAUAAGAGUUCCCAAGAAAGGCAAUGCUACAAAGAAGGAGUGUGGUGUGAAACCUAACCCUAGCUCACAGCUUGAGAGACAAGUUGCUCUAGCGAACAUUGAGAGGAUAAAAAAAUUAAAGGACGUCCCCACUUCUACCCCAAAAGUACAACAGGCUACUUCAAGUAAAUGCAAAUCUCGUGAGACAGACAAUUCUCCUAAGCCAGAGAUAUCUCCCAAGCAAUUAGAAUCUCCUAAGCAAGUGCAAGAGAGCAUUUUGCCUGGCUGCGCAGACGAUGAAAUGACUCCCCGUAAGAAAAAAAUGCAGCAAGAAAUAUUUAAGUUGCGUUUGCAAAUAGCUUCUUCGAAUCAGCAAAAUGAUGUAGCUAAGGAUAGCACUGUACCUGACAAUUCAGUUGAAAAUGACAAUAUGGACACAACUCUUGUCCCUGGUGAACAAGAUAUAUACAUGGAUGCCACACAUAUUGAAAUGAAGGAGUCACGGGAAUUACACCCUGUUCUCAAGCCUGAAAGUGGUCAAGAAACUGAGGAGGAUGAUGUAAAGCCUGUCGAAGAGAAACAAGGAAAGAAAGAGAAGAAGAAAUCAAAAAAAUCGAAGAAAUCGAAGAAAAAAACUAAGAAACACAAGAAAAAGAGCAAGAAAAGCAAGAAGAGUAAGAAGUCUAAAAGAAAGCAUUCUAGUAGUAGCAGCAGCUCCUCAGACAGCAGUAGUUCUGAUGACACCUCCUGCUCCAGUGAGGACGACAAAACUCUGAUAAAGAAAAAAAAAAAGCUAAUUAACUACAAACAGCUGCUGCAUGCAGAACCAAGUGAUGAGGUCCAAGAAAUCUUGAAGCAUUCUGGGAUCUACAUGAACACAAGUGCUUUAGCAAAGGCUAUGGGGCCAGCGGCAAAGAGCCACUCAAGUGCAGCACGGCUCCUCUGCAAAGGAGUCUUCAAGGAGGAAGUGCUGAGAGAGUGCAGUGUGUUGGGCAAUCCUGCGAAAGGACCCUUGGGGAAGCCUGACACACAGCGCUCCAGUCUGUGCCCUGUUGCACUGCAGGCAAUCCACACUGUCGCCAAAGAAAAAGCAAUUGCUUAAGACUUUCAGGUUCUCGAGACUCCUGAUCAAACACCCAAAUUGGUACGCUGCAGAGUAAACUAUGCAGCACCCUUCAAGAAACAUUUUUUUUUUUUUUUGUGUGUUUACAAACUCAGUUCCUAAUCUUUUAAGUUGUUUGAAUCACUCUCUUUAAUGGUGAUAGUUUCAAGUUGUGAUUCUAAUUGUGAUUUUUUAUCAUUUUAACUAAUGAAUCUAGUUAUUUAUCGAUGUGUAAUGAAUACUAGUCCUUAAAAUUGUUUUAUGUUCUUUAUGAUGGUGUUCUUAUGAUCAAACAUUUUAUGUGUGAACUUUCCUGUUUUAAUAAAACACAAAUAAUUUCA